AUGAUUGGCCUCAAGAGCACCCUCAAUGUCAUUGACAACUCCGGGGCGUUGGUCAUCGAGUGUGUCAAUGUGCUCAAGAACAAAGUGACCAACGGCUGGGGAAGUGUCGGCGACGAGAUCGUCUGCGUCGUCAAGAAGGCACGCCCCAUUGCUACCAACCAGACAAGCUCGGCUGCCGUCAAGGUACGGCGAGGUGACGUGCGGCGCGCUGUGGUUGUGCGCACAAAGAAGGUCGUACACAGACCGGACGGCACCUUUAUCCGCUUCGAUGACAAUGCUGCAGUGCUGUUGAAUAACAAGCGCGAGCUGUUGGGCACACGUAUUGGCGGUGUUGUCAGUGCAGACCUUAGGAUGAAAGGCUGGGCAAAGAUUGUAAGCUUGGCUCCAAAGGUGAGCAUGUACUUCAAGUAA